AAUCAAAAUAAAUAAUGCACGCUUGACUCUUUUCUGUGUUGAAUGUAAUAAAAAGAUUUGGACGUCCACACACCAAUGUAAACAAAAUACAAAUAUGAUAAAUAGACUUGUCACCGUCACAUGAACAGAGGAUUGUUUUCAAGAUGGUGGAAUAAGAUAGAAUGGACAACAGUACAAGAAACAUAUAGACCAGAUCUAGAUCUAUCAGACCAUGUAAAUUUCAAAUAGAUCUAAUACUUUAUAUAGAUCUAUCUACUUUAUGUUAUCUAUUAUUUUGUUUUUUUGGAUGCAAUCCAUUUUUUAAAGAAAGAUAAUGGCCGAAGAAGGAACUGUAAUAAGUUUAACUGAUGACGAAGAAGAUUUCGACGAUGAACCAUUACCGGAGUUGUCCGGAACGUUGUGCAAAUGGACUAACUAUUUGCAUGGCUGGCAGGAUCGUUAUAUAGUUUUAAAAGACAGUGCUAUUAGUUAUUAUAAAUCAGAGGAUGAGACAGCCAUAGGUUGCCGUGGAGCUGUUUCUCUUUUGAAAGCAACUGUGACUCCGCAUCAGUUUGAUGAAUGCCGCUUUGAUGUCAGUGUUAAUGACAAUGUGUGGUAUUUGCGAGCAGCUAAUCCUGAAGAAAGGCAGACAUGGAUAGAUGCUAUAGAAUUGCACAAACAAGCUGAUUCCAGCUAUGGCAGUGAAAAUAAUUUACGUCGUCAUGGAUCCAUGUUAUCAUUGGCAUCUGGGACAAGUAUUUCUCAAGCUUCAACAUCAUCUUUUAAAAGGGGACGAGGACUGAAGGAAAAAUUGGCUGAAAUGGAAACAUUUAGAGAUAUUCUUUGUCGUCAAAUUGAUACCCUCCAGAGUUAUUUUGAUUCUUGCGCAUCAGCAGUCACACACGGAGCCGUCCAUGAAUUAACAGAACAUGAUGAUCUUGAUGAUGAUCUUGAUAUUCCUCAUGAUGUUCAUCACCAUCACAGACUAGAUGGGCUUAGAGGAAAAGAUCUUGCCUCAAUUCUCCAACAACAUGGUGGCCAUGCUGUGGAUUUCAAAGGAGAAGCUUUCACCUUUAAGGCUACAACUGCUGGUAUUAUCGCUACGAUGUCUCACUGCUUAGAACUGAUGGUACAACGGGAGGAUGCUUGGAAAAAGAGAUUAGAUAGGGAGGUAGAUAAAAGAAAGAAGUUUGAGGAGGCUUACAAAGCUCUGGUGUCUGACAAAACAAAAAAAGUGAUUGUUGGUGGACCAGAUUAUGAAGAAGGACCUCACUGCCUUAUUCCUGAAGAUGAGUUUUAUGAUGCAGUAGAUGCCACUUUAGACAAGCUUGAGAAAGAAGAAGAAAAACUGAAGCGAAAUCUGGAAUCCCCAAGUAAACCAGAUCAGGUUAUUUCUUUAGCACCAUCACAUCCUUUCUACAAGGAGAUCAAUGAAGUUGUGGCUAACCACAUCAGGCGUCUCAUGACAGAGAAUGUGGAAGAGAAAGUAGACUGGGUGUGUAUAGCUGACCAAGGUGACAUGAAAGUGUUCAAGCGUGAGCUGGAAGAGAAUGGCAUACCAAUAGACCCAAUGAAAGCUGUCUGCACAGUCAAGGGAAUAACUGGUCAUGAGGUCUGUCAGUACUUCUGGGCUUUUGAUACACGGAUGGAAUGGGAAGCUACUUUGGAUUUAAGUCGAGCUGUAGAAUGGCUGUCAGAUGACACAUUUAUUAGCAAUAAUGUUAUCAAACGUGUGUGGCCAGCAUCACAGAGGGAUGCCUGCUUCUGGUCACACAUCCGACACAUCAGCAACAAGAAUGAUGAAACGCCUGACUGUUGGAUAGUAGUAAACUAUUCUUGUGAACAUCCAGAGUGCCCUCCAAACAAGUAUGUUCGAAUCACUAUGAAUGUGGCACUUAUUUGUGAGACUAUAAUAGAACCUCCAGCAAAUGAAAGUACAAUAACAAGGGACAACAUUACCUGUAAAAUAACAUACACUGCUGAUGUGAAUCCUGGAGGCUGGGCACCAGCUUCUGUACUGAGAGCUGUUUACAAGAGAGAGUAUCCCAAGUUUCUGAAACGUUUCACAAGUUUUGUCAUAGACAAGACAAAGGAUAAAGAAAUUCUUUUCUAAUUUUUGUUUCUUUGAGCUCAAAAUGUUAUAUUUAUGUUUGAAAUUUGUAUAAAACUGUUACAUUUUAUUUCCUCCUGCAGCCAGGCACCACCAUGAUUUCCUUGUUCUAGGGGUGUGCAUACUUUAAGGGCAACAUCACAACAUAUUUAUGCCAAAAUAAAACUUGAAAAUAACUACUUUUGAUCAUCAAUGAAAAAACAACUUUUUAAGUAGCCAUUAACAGUAACAGCCCAAGUGGACAUUUUUUUAAUAUAGAAACAAACAGGCAUAUAUACAGCAUUGGGUGUAUUCUCAAGAAACAAACAGGCAUAUAUACAGCAUUGGGUGUAUUCUCAAGAAACAAACAGGCAUAUAUACAGUAUUGGGUGUAUUCUCAAGAAACAAACAGGCAUAUAUACAGUAUUGGGUGUAUUCUCAAGAAACAAACAGGAAACAAACAAGAAACAAACAGGCAUAUAUACAGCAUUGGGUGUAUUCUCAAGAAACAAACAGGCAUAUAUACAGCAUUGGGUGUAUUCUCAAGAAACAAAAGGCAUAUAUACAGUAUUGGGUGUAUUCCCAGCUCCACUGUGUACCAUGCCAUUGGGAUUUUGCCCUUCUAAUGUUUACAUAAUAACUUUCCCAUCAUUGCUGUGUAUUAGUUGUGUAUACAAAUCUUUGAAAAACUUCAUUGUUUUGGCUUAUAUAAUUAUGUUUGUAAAAAAAACAACAUUGUGGGAGAUGAUUUUUUAUUUAAUUAAUAUAAAUACGAACUAAUCUAAACAUUGCAUUAGAUUUGUAUUUAUUUCAUACUGCUGAAGAAGCAUUGGAAAGGAAUACUGGUAGCAAUAUCCAGUUAGAAAGAAAAUAAUUUGCAUAUGAUACCAUCUAGAGUUGGUUUAAGAACAUGAUGUAGCCAUGUUUGACUGUGAGGAGUUGUAGGUCAAUGGCUAUAUUGUAUUCUGUACAUGUAGAUUGACUCUUUGUAGUUUUUACAUUUUGUAUUUAUUGACUUUUGUUCAUGUCUGUAAUGCUAGUCUGUUAACUCUAUUGUUUUUUUGUAGUCUACACUAGGUCUUCCAUCACUUUACUAUCCCAGAGAUACAUACACAAGUUCUCAGAUUAGACAUAAUAUAUAAAAGUACAGACAUUACAUACAGAGUCUACUUAAAAAACAACAACACUUUCUUUUGCUUCCAUUUGUUACAAAAAACAAAACAAAAAAACAUAAAAAUAAUAAAACUAAAACUUUACUUUUUAAAAAGGAAUACAUCAACAUCAAACUACUUGCAAGUCAUUAUUUUCAAAUUUAUACAAACAUUUCUUUUGAGUUUGUGUACAUCUGAAUGGAAGUAAUUUAAAAUCAACAUAAUAUGUCUGAUGACUUUUGUAUUAAUUUUUCGACAGUUCUGAUUGCUGUAUUUCUGUAGAUUUUUUAUUUAUUGUAGAUUUUGUACUUUUGCUAUGUUUUUACAGAAAAAGAUUUCUUACUUAAAGUUUAGAACUAUAGGAUUAGUUAUAAUGUUCAUGUACAGUUUGUAUGGAACAUUUGUUAUUAGGCACAGAGAGUAGAGGUGAACAUAUGAGAUGAACUGCUUUCUUCACAAGUCUUGUCAGAUCAGGAGCAGUGCAAGUAGUUUGGUCUUUGUCAUGUGAACGCCACCUGUGUAUUUUUUCAGUAUUUUAGGAUGACAUCUUACAAACUCUAUUGUAACCAAAAGUUUGAACAAAUCUAAAAAAGAAUUUACAAUGAAAGUUGAUGAGGAUUUUAAAUGAUAGUCCAUGUUUUGUUUUCUAAUAUUUGUUUUUAGCUUAUACUGUGUGAGAAGUCCUAUUGGUUUUGAUAUUCUCCUGCCUGUAUCAUUUGCUCAGUACUUUCUAUGUGUCUCUAUUUUCUGGUCCUAUCAAAUAUUUGCUGACGUAAAAAUCUAUUUCAUAGGAAUAUAUCUGUGCCUUUUUCUCCGUGUUCAAGCUUUGUACAUCUUGACAUAUAUUGUGUACAUCUUGACAUAUAUUGUGUACAUCUUGGCGUAUAUUGUGUACAUCUUGACACAUAUUUUUCUUUGUGAGGAAAUGAAAUCCAAACCAACAUUUUUACUCUCCCUUCCCCCAAUUUUGUCCAACUCCUGAGCUCGUUUAAUUACACUACUAUUGUGCUGUUCUAUCAAGUGCUUGUAACUCCAUGUUCUUCUUUCUAAAGUGUAAACUUGGCAUCUAGUGUGUUUUUUGUUUUUAAAUAUAACAUAUUUGUGUGUAUGAUGUUAAAUACUCUUUGCUAUUUGUGUCAUUAGAUAACUGUGAUAUCAUUGUCAGCACUCAAAGCUCAUGGUGUACAUAGAAAUAUAUCUAUAUAAAUAUUAUUUAAUCUAAGUGGGAGUGGCUUUUCCUCAACACUUUGUAAGAUGGAUGCAUAAAGUUGAUAUGGAGCAUCAGACAAUUUAUGCACAGACAACUACACCUAAAAUUAUUUUGUUUAGGAUGCAUUUUGUCUCACUAAUGUAAACAUCUCUUGGACAGUCUUCAUUUAUUUCAAAAUCGUUUUAAUGCGGAUGCAAGAUAAGAAAUAAAUAUAAGCAUAAUUCUUCUUCAGUCAUGCCCACUAGUGAAAUGGGACAAAUUCCAAAUGAGUGGUACAAUACUUGCACUCUUGUGUACAAUACUUGUACUCUUGUUUACAAUACUUGCACUCUUGUGUACAAUACUUGUACUCUUGUUUAUAUGACUUUUGUAAGGAAGGUGAUUAACAACAUAGUUAACUGCUAGGCCAAGAUUACACAUAACAAAGAGAUCACACCUUUGUGCUACAUUCUUUACACAAGAAUGAAAGAGAGCCACAGCCCAAAUGAAGUUUAACAAUGAGCAUCAUGCCAGUCGGUCUAUUUCCUUUCAUUUUCAAAUGUAUUGUUAUUGUUGUUAUUAUACCACAUUUGGGAUACUUGAUUCAAAGUGAUGUUUGUGAAUGAAUGUUGGGAUACUUGAUUGAAAGUGAUGUAAAUAAUUUCUGUAUUGAAAUCAAAUCUCUAUUCAUCUUCCAAGUCCAUUAUUUGUACAAGAUGCUCCUUGCUCUGGUGUUAGUUGUGUACUUGAACUUCUUGUCAGCUACAGAUCAUCAGAAAAACCAACACAGACUUGUGUCUAGUAAUUCCUAGGUAUAUGUCCAGAAGAGUAUCUAGGAGCAGUACUUGUGAAAGCAUCAUUCAUUACACCUGCUUAUGUUUCUCUUCAUCAUCCCUAGUUUUCAAGUGAUCUAACUUCUGUCUGAUCAUGCAUGCACAGCUCUACUUCUGAGUUGGGACUACUUUUUCUUCUUGUCUGACUCUUCAGUUUCAAUUUCUUCUUUUAAAGUUGAACUGAUAUCUCUGAGAGAAAACAUUUUAUUGGAAGAGAUUUGUCUCUCAACAUUCUGUUGAGGGCAUUAACUUUUGACCAUCAUUGCCAGGAGAUUUUCUGUUGACUAAAACAUGAAGUUUCAGUUUGAAGAUUGAUGAACAGUUGAUCUGCUUAAUAGUUACAUGUAAAAUUAUUUUAAACAUUGUUCUUACUUGAUCAUGGAUUUGUUCCACUACUCCCCCCUUGACCUGCUCCCUCCACCACCCAUUACUUUGUAAUCAUUUCCUUGAACCUUUGACCUUUACUCUUGAAUAUUUGACAUGAUUUUGGACAAGACUGGCCACUGGAAUGCAAUACGACUGUUCACAGUUUAGUGUAGGAGACACAAAACAGUGCUAGUGUCAGAUUGAGGGGGAGUGCUGUUUCAUUAGUUUUCAGCUCAAUGGUAAUGCAGUAUUUGUUUUAGAAGUGAGAACUAGAUUGGAAGUCAUUCAAGAAAAUUUGUCUAACAAAAACAAGGCACAUUAUUUAUAAUUCAUAAUGAUUGGUUCAGACUGAACAUAUGUGAAUGUGAGCAUAGAACAAUUUGCAUGUUGUGACUUCUCACCAUCCACUUUUCAUGGAAUACAUUCUUUCAGAGUAAUACAAGAACUAUUGUAUAUAAACCAUUGCAAUAACUCUGCAGCCUGUGUUUCUGGUUCAUUCUAAAAACAAAUAGGAUACAAAAUUUAAACUUGCAAGUUCAUUUUGCAAGAUAUUCUGUGCUAUUUUAGUCUCUUUUUGGUGCAGCCAUUACUUCAAAUAUACAAUUUUAUGAUAAUAAAUUCAAUAAUCUAUUUGCCUGUUUUAUCAAUAAAUCUAUUUUGGAAUUCUU